AUGUGGUUCCUGCGCAACGACGUCGUCGCAGCCGUGCUGCUCUUGGCGCCCUUUUCGUUGGCUGCCCCUACCGAGUAUAGCAAGAAGCUGCCUCAGUUCGCUACCAUCAUCAACCGUCGCCAGCUUAAUGCCAACAACGCUACCUAUGAUUUCAUCAUCGCGGGUGGCGGUAUUGCUGGCCUGACCCUUGCCGACCGCCUGACUGAGGACCCGAAUGUCAAGGUCCUCGUCAUUGAGGCUGGGCCCAUCGACCCCGGUCUUGAGGGUAUCCAGGUGCCUGGCUCAUUCUCGCCUUGGUAUUAUUUCUGGCCGAAUCUCUUGACCGUCCCUCAGACAGCUCUGAACAACAGAGUGAUCGGGACAGUCAGCGGUCAGGUCCUUGGUGGUGGAAGUGCGAUCAAUGCCAUGGUCUAUGUGAGAGGUGACGCAGACGAUUACGACGCCUGGGGUUUCAUGCAGCGCCGUGGCAACUCUUCGUUUUACGGCAACUCUUCAGUGAGCUCGAGCAUGAGCUGGAACACUAUGCUGCCUUACUUCCUGAAGAGCGAGAACUUCACAGCACCCGAUGCUGCUUAUGCUCUGGAGGCCAACAUCACCUGGAACCCCGCUGUUCGAGGUACCUCGGGCCCUCUCAAGUACACCUACCCUCCUUACUAUUUCCCCGGCGCCGCCAACUGGUGGAAUGCCGCGCAGUCGGUGGGACUUCCUCCCGUCGAUGACCCUCUGUCUGGAAUCAAGAAUGGUAUUUUCCCCAUUCCGUCAGUACUCGAUGCAGAUACCAUGACCAGGAAUUACGCCAAGAUCAACCACCAUGACAGGGUCAAGCAAGCCCGUCCUAACUACCACGUCCUCGCUGGCAACAUUGUCGGCAAGGUCCUUUUCGAUCCUAGCUGCAAGAAGGCCAUCGGCGUGGAGUAUCUCCCGACCAGCGGCGGGGCGGCCACCAACGUCUUUGCCUCCAAGGAAGUCAUCCUUGCUGCCGGCGGCAUCAACACCCCCAAGAUCUUACAGCUUUCUGGCAUCGGCCCCAAGAAGCUCCUCGACAAGUUCGGCAUCAAGGUGGUCUCCAACCUGCCCGGUGUAGGCCAGAAUCUCCAGGAUCAGCCCACUCUCACCGUCCCUUACACCUUUACAAACAACCUCACCCCCAACUCGGGUUCUCUUAUGGCCAAUGCCACCUACAAUGCCGAGCAGCGUGCUCUUUACGAUACUGAGCGCAAGGGUGCAUACACCAUCAUCAGCUCUCUCUCCACCAACAUCGGCCAACUCUCCCUCAAGCAGGCCACCUCCGACUACCAGGCCAUCAUCGCCGCCGCCCGCGCCGCCAACCCUGCCGACUCUCUGCCCGCUGAUGUCGAUGCUACCGUUCUUGCCGGCUACCGGGUCCAGCGCGAGGCCAUCCUCAACCAGUUCGAGGGCGACGUCGGCGUUGGAAACCUUCACUGGGGCACCUCCGACAACGCGCUCGUCUACCAUCUCAAGCCCCUCAGCCGCGGCACCGUCGAGAUUGUCACCACCGACCCUCUCGUCAACCCCGCGAUUGACCACCGCACAGCCACCGACCCUAUCGACUUUGCCGUCUACACUGCCCUCUUCCGCAAGAACAGGGAGUUGUUUGCCGCCCCUGACAUGCAGGUUCUCGGCCCUGCCGAGGGCGCCCCUUUUGCCGCUGCCACGACUAACGAGGAGAUCAUCGAGGUCAUGCGUGACCAGAUCAACCCCUCGAAUGCUCACCAGUGCUGCACUGCCGCUAUGUUGCCCAAGUCCCUCGGCGGUGUUGUCAACAGCGAGCAGAAGGUUUACGGCGUCUCGCGUCUCAGAGUCGCUGACAUUUCGUUCUGGCCCAUGCAGACUGCUGGUUCUCCUCUGGGGACCAUGUAUGCGGCCGGUGAGAGGCUUGCUGACAUGAUCAAGGCCGAGUAUGGUCUUGCGUAA